CACGCGAGCCUUACACACACAGGCGCGCGCUGUCUGUUUGAAUUGUGAGGGACACCGAAUGAACCGUUGACCGGCGGCACUAAAGCUCUUGAAUAAAAUCUUCUGCUGUGUGUACACGCACGUCCUCAGUGUUUUACUCACUCAAGACAGUCGCGUGCAGACUGCGGACUUUGUAGACUUAGGUGUUUUAUAACCCAUGUGGUUUGUCUAGCAGGCAGCGGGGUUGUAAUUAACAGUUAGACAGAGGAAAAUGGCCUCGGACGAGCUGUCAGCGAAGCUUCACCGGCGGCUGAAGAUCGAGGAUGGAUCGGAGGAGCCGCACGCCACCGAUGAGGCUCAUGAAAACGGCGGGCACGAGAAAGCGACUACGGCCAACGCCGACUCCGAGCUGGGAGCCAAACUGCAGCGGCGUGGCGAGCUGAACGAGGGAGUGGGCGAGCACCAACAGCCCAGCAUGAAGGUGUUCAACCCGUACACCGAGUUCAAGGAGUUCUCCAGGAAGCAGAUAAAGGACAUGGAGAAAAUGUUUAAACAAUAUGACUCUGAGAAGGAUAACUUCAUUGACCUGAUGGAACUGAAGCUGAUGAUGGAGAAGCUCGGUGCUCCACAGACUCACAUGGGCCUGAAGAAUAUGAUCAAAGAGGUGGAUGAAGACUUGGAUGGCAAAUUGAACUUCAGAGAGUUCCUCCUGAUCUUCAGGAAGGCAGCAGCAGGGGAGCUGGCUGAGGACAGUGGGUUGAGUGUCCUAGCUCGUCUCUCUGAAAUUGAUGUGUCCACUGAGGGUGUUAAAGGAGCAAAGUCUUUCUUUGAAGCCAAAGUCCACGCCAUUAACGAGUCGAACCGCUUUGAGGCGGAGAUCCGUAACGAGCAGGAGGAAAAGAAACGACUGGCAGAGGAGAAGAAACAGAGACAAGCGGCAUUCAAAAAUCUUCAGUCAGCCUUCAAAUGACCAUCUUUCUGUCCUAUUAGAGCCCUGCGUUAGCCAUCCUCCCCUUCCUCGUCAUUUGUGUCUGUCUCCUGUUUAGCAGAGCACCAUAGCAGAGAUACUAUGCAACGCUUUCAGAGGUUUCCAUUCUAGGUUCACUUUCCUUAGUGAGGGCUCAUAGUGUCAGUUUGACUCCUUAGAAUCCUCACUGUUCGUCUCGCUUGAAUUUUGAAGUUGCAGUCCUCUAAGGACGUGUCUCUUUACACUGGACUGGAUGUGUCACUCAGCUAGUUUGUUCUCCACUGAUAAGAUUUAGCACACAUAUUUGUAUGUAUGUCGGCGCUUUCAGUUUUCACUGUCACAUUGUUCGUUAGUCACACAAGCAAGACACAUUCAUGAAAGGGAAUUUUUAAUGUUUUUAGAAUUUUUUGAUUAUAUCAUUUGCAUCCAGUCCAUUGUGAUCCUCUUGUAUUCAGCGUCAUGCGUUGUGAAAUAAAGACUAGGUUUCAUGGUAUCCUUGCUAACUGGGUUAGCGCAGCAAACCUUAUGAUGUGCUUCAACCUUGCCUAAAAGAGUUCUGUAUUUUUACACUGUGGCUUGGAAGGGAGUGUGAGAACAUGCAUGUGAUGAUGAUGUGUCCUGGUGGGUUGGGUUUUAAUUUCUUUCCUUUUUUUUUUUUUUGAAUGAUAACUGUGAUGCCCUGACAAUCUUCCCCUUAAAUGGAUCUUUAACAUCAGCUUCUGUUGCCUUGUCGCUGCUGACGAGUCUGCUUGCUCACACACUGUUUCCAUGGUUGUGAGCAAUAAAUUCCCUUUAAUAGUCAUUAUGCCUCGUUAUUUUUUUUUUUAUUAGUAGCCUCUAAUGUGAUUCCCCCCCCCACAUAGAAAAUCAUCAGUACUAAUUUGUCUGAUUUUCUAUUCAUAUCUUGUGUAUGUGUUUGUGUGUUUUUAACUGAGAUGCUCAUUAGGGAUGAGAGAUAUGCGAUAUGAUACAAAGUGCAGAGUUAAACACUCAGCUCCUUCUUUUAACUGCAUGCACUAACGCUUUAGUCUCAGGUGCCUGUGUGUGUGUGUGUGCACGCUAUAGCCAGUACACAGCUUUAAGUAUUUUUUGAAAAUGUUUCAAUCCUGUUUUUUUGAAAUGUAAUCUGGCGCUGGAAUGAAAACCUGUCUCAGCAAAGAGUUCUUGAAAAUUUGCUCUGAAACAUCGUGGCAUAUAGAGCGUUUUUUUUUCUUUUCUGCGUGGUGUGUAAUGUCAGACUGGCCAAUUUAUUUUUAUUUUUAAAAAGUUUAAUUUUACAUAUAACAUUUUACUAGGGAGAAAAAAGAGCACGUUGUUGUAAAAGCACACUUCAGCACAGCUAACCUGAGAGAUGUAUAAAGAAUCAAAUAUUUUUUUCCAGAAAUAAAUUUAAACCACAUUUAGUUUUGUAUGGUGAUGGGCCUUUUGAAAAACAUUUAUUUCUUCCUCCAAAUGCCAUCGUUGUUCACCAACAUGUCUCCUUUCCCAAUAUCAGCUGUUCCUCACAGUCGAGGUGAUGCUCUGUGAUUUAAAUGUGAGAUUUUCUGCUUUUUUCCCUUCUUUUUUCUUUUUUAAACCAUGGUCUGCUAUGCAUCCUGUUAUAUUCCUGUUAAGGACAAUAUAUUUGGAGUCACUGGAAGUCUGUGAUGAUUUGUGUUACGAAUAAGCCAACAAUAGAUGCAUGAAUGGUUCAUAGUCUUCAAAUGUAUUCGAGUGUUCUGCAGAUUAAAUGUGGGGUUUGAAUGAAUAAUCUGUGUUGUAGAUUUUUGAUCGAAACACUGGAGUACCUGAGGGACAUAAAAACCAUAUAAUGAAAGUUUAUUCUAAAAGGAUCCUCCAUCAACGUUGCUCUUACAGGUGGUCCAGAUAUGCCGUUGUAUAUGUUAGAAAAUUGCAGUCUAUGUAAAGACAAUGUGGAAGAGUCAUUGUAGGAUGUGGAAAUGGAUUUCAAAAACCAUUUCAUAAACCACUUAUGCUUAAUAGCCAUACUGUAUCUCUUCUAGUAUGUCAGGCAUGACCUUCUCUGUACCAGAAGAUUGAUAUUGUUUAACAAAUCACAUGGAGAAUAUUCCAGUUCAGAUCAUAAUAUUUCAAGCUGACCACUAAGUUGAACGACACGUUCUCCAAUUAGCCGCCUCUCAAAGCACAUCUCCGUUUAUUUUUACCCCUCGUUUACUUCAGUGUUUCUGUCGCAAAAGCAUUAACUGGUAUCUUAGUGACUGGUGUUUGCUGCACAAGUGCUUUCUAACUCCACCUUCUCUGCAGGCAGCCAGAUUACUGCACUGUUCCUUGUUGUCGUUUCAAUUUUCUGUCUUUUUUGAUUCCACUGUAAAGACGUGCCAAAUGUUUUAGCAAGGUUCUGUUGGCUUUAGCAUAAUUCCGUUAACAGAGUUCAAUAUUGUGGAGUGUAAGAGGGGAAAAACAGACUCGGUACACUUCAUGUGUUGCCCAGGACUUGUUUUUAGAUCAUUUCGGUUUGAGUCCUGAAACAAAAACUGGAUUGAAAAUCUCUGGCCUCAGAGUGUAGAGUCUGCUGAAACCUCUUAAAUGAUGAUCUAAUGGAUGUGUUAUUAACUCUCCGAACAUUCCCCCUGAUGCAUUGUGUUAAGAAACAGUUUCAUUUCGUUAGUUGCCAGAACUGUAAUGCAAAAAAAACCCCAUUAAAUAUGAGUCUCUUUUUCAGUCAAGCAAAAAAAACCUUUUCUUUUUUUUAGAUUAAUUCCACAAAACUUCACAGUUACAUUUCAAGAGUCUUGAAAGGGUUCCAGUGGCCUUGCAUCAUCUUUAGCUGUGUAUCUUUCUGUUACUGUCUUAAUCACUUGGUGGAUUUGGUGUCAUCCUUGUGGAGGCUUAUACUUAUUAAUAUAUGGCUGAUGGAUGUAGUUAUUUUUUGUAUAUUUCUUAUGGCAAUAAAAUGUUUAAAUUUUA